GCGGACGGAGCCAAGAUGGCGGCGCCGGGGCUGGGCCGGCCCUGAGGGGCCGUGAGGGGCCGGGAGGGGCCCCCGCGCUCGGCGGGCUGGGACGGGCCGCAGGGGGGGCCCCGCCGCUCCCCCCGCCGCUCCUCGCGACGCUGCCGCCGCCGGAGCCUCCCCGGGGGAGACGCGGGGCCUGCUCGCGGCCGUUUGCGGCCUUACCGGGGCCUCCCCGCGGCCUUUCGGGGCUCGGCGGGGCCGCUUGGGGCCUUACCGGGGCCUUGCCCGGAGCUUUUUGGGGUCGAACCGGGCCCUUCCCGAGGCCUCCGGGGCUGAACCGGGGCUUUAAGGGCCUUUAACGGGAAGAGCCUCCCGGUGCCGCCGGUUUUGGUUCUUUCGCGCUGGAAUUUGGGGCCGAUUUCAGCCGAAAUCGCGGCAAAAUCGGAGUUUUUUGUGGUUUUUUUUUUUUUUUUUUUUUUUUUUAAAUUUUGUUUAUUUAACGGCGCUUUUCCCGGUUUUCCCGGGAUUUUCGGCUCCUCCCGAGGAUCGGAAAAUCCCGGGAUUUGAGGCGCAGGAGGAGCGGGAUGAAAUUCCAAGGAUUUCUUCACCCGAGCGAAUUUUUUUCCGUUUUUUUAUUGCGGUUUUUGCUUUGAGCGAGCAAAAUCCGCGAUCCAGGGAAUUCCUGCCUCGGGAAUGCUCUCCCUGCAACCGGGAAUGACUUAAGGGCAGCGCCGCGCUUGGCUUUUCCUCGAUAAAUUAUUAAUUAGGGAAUUAAAAAUAAUUUAAAAAGGUUUUUUUUUUGGUUGAGGGGGGGUGAAAAAUCCGGUGUUUUCCGGCAAGGACUGACAGCGAUCCCGGCCUCUGGAAUUGCGGCCGCCGCUGGAACUUUGGGAGCCUCCGCGGGGAUUUUUUUUUUGGGGGGGGAGAUUUCCCGGAAAGAAAAAUCCAGGAGAAGGAAAAAAAAAACAAAACAAAACAAAACAAAGGGAUCGGAGAUUGCUGAGAACGCUCGGGAUCCAGGAGCGGGCACGGCCGAGGUGCCCAUGGCGGGCCGGAAGCGCGGCGGUGCCGGUGGCGGCGGCGGCGCGGGCUCGGUGCCGUGGCCCGAGGAGCCGGGCGAGCGCGAGCAGGGGCUGUACUCGCUGCACCGCAUGUUCGACAUCGUGGGCGCGCAGCUGACGCACCGCGACGUGCGCGUGCUCUCCUUCCUCUUCGUGGACGUGCUGGACGAGGCCGAGCGCGGCCGCAUCCGCUCCGGCCGCGACUUCCUGCUGGCCCUGGAGCGCCAGGGCCGCUGCGACGAGAGCAACCUGCGGCAGCUGCUGCAGCUGCUGCGCAUCAUCACCCGCCACGACCUGCUGCCCUACGUCAGCCUCAAGAGACGGCGCCCCGUGUGCCCAGACCUGGUGGACAAGUACCUGGAGGAGACGUCCAUCCGCUACGUCACCCCCCGCGCGCCCGGGGGGGCCCCGCCCGGCCUCGGCCACCCCCACAAAUCAGUGCCUGCCCCCCACCCGUCCCUGUGCUGCCCCCCGGGGGGGCCCCAGCUGGGCCCGAAGCGCCCGGGCCGGGCCCGGAGCCUCCUCGGGAGCCAACGGAAACGCAGGAAGUCAGCGACCCCCGACCCCAAGGAGAAACAGACCUGCGACAUCCGCCUGCGCGUGCGCGCCGAGUACUGCCAGCACGACUCCGCCCUGCACGGCAACGUCUUCUCCAACAAGCAGGACCCUCUGGAGCGCCAGUUCGAGCGCUUCAACCAGGCCAACACCAUCCUGAAAUCCCGGGAUUUGGGCUCCAUCAUCUGCGACAUCAAAUUCUCGGAGCUCACCUACCUCGACGCCUUCUGGCGGGAUUACAUCAACGGCUCCCUCCUGGAGGCCCUCAAGGGCGUCUUCAUCACGGACUCGCUCAAACAGGCCGUGGGCCACGAGGCCAUCAAGCUGCUGGUCAACGUGGACGAGGAGGAUUACGAGCUGGGCCGCCAGAAACUCCUCAGGAACUUGAUGCUCCACACGGCUCCCUGAGGGAUCCAUCCCUGGGGUUUUUUUUUUGAGUUGUUUUUUUUUUUUUUUUUCCUUCCCCUGGGAUUUUCUGGUUUUUUUUUUUUUUUUUCCCCCCCCGAUUCUUCCGCCCGUGCGGAGCCCGCUCAUGGAUUUGGGGAGGGUUGGAGGUGUGGGGGAUUCCGGGAUUCGGAGCUUUUUGGGGUUCCUGAUGGGUUCUCCUUGUGUUUUCUCUCCCGUUUUUUUCUUUUGUAUCCAUUAAAAAACGGUGAUGAAAAGGCAAAAAUCCCAUUGGUGCGACACGCUGGGAUUUGGGGAUGUGGAAUAUUCCAGAAUUUCUCACUUUUCCCUGUCAAUUUCUCCUUGUGUUUUCCAUGUUUUCUCCCUAUUUUCUUUUCUUUUUUAUCCAUUAAAAAUGUCAAGAAAAAGGCAAAAACCCCGUUAGUGCGGUGCAGUCGGAAUUGGGGAUCUGAGGUGUGGGAAGCCCUGGAAUAUUCUGGUUUGGAGGUCUGGGAUAUUCCAGGAUUUGGAGCUUUUUGGGGUUCCUGAUGGGUUCUCCUUGUGUUUUCUCUCCCGUUUUUUCUUUUGUAUCCAUUAAAAAACGGUGAUGAAAAGGCAAAAAUCCCAUUGGUGCUGGGAUUUGGGGAUUGGGGGUGUGGAAUAUUCCCGAAUUCCUCUCUUUUUUUUCCUGUCAAACUCCUCCCUCUUCCUGUGUUUUCCAUGAUUUUUCCCUAUUUUCUGUUCUUUCAUAUCCAUUAAAACAGUGCCAAAAAGGCAAAAAUCCCGUGGUGCAACACGCUGAGGAUUGGGAAUUUGAAGUGUGGGGGAGGCAUUGGAAUAAUGGAAUAUUCCAGAAUUCCUCGUUUUUCCCUGUCAAUUUCCCAUUUUCCCUGUGUUUUCCGUGAUUUUUCCCUGUUUUCUGUUCUUUUUUUAAUCCAUUAAAAAGAGCAGCAAAAAGGCAAAAAUCCCAUUGGUGCACUCAGAACUGGGGAUUUGAGGUGUGGGAAGCAUUGGAAAGAUGGAACAUUCCAGAAUUCCUCACUUUCCUCAUCAAUUCUUCUUUGUGUUUUCUGUGAUUUUUUUCCUCUUUUGUAUCCAUUAAAAAUGGUCAAAAAAAGGGUAAAAAUCCCAUUUUAAGAACCUGAGGGACACGCUGGGAUUUGGGGGUGUGGAAUAUUCCAGAAUUCCUCAAUUUCCUUAUCAAAUUCCUCCUCCUUGUGUUUUCCAUGUUUUUUCCCCCUUGUUUUUUCCCUCUUUUAUAUCCAUUAAAAGCAACGACAAAA